CGGUGGCUCCGGCCUCCCCGGCGCUGCGGAUCGGGAGGCGUCGCCGCCCGAACCCCCGCGCGGACCCGUGGUCAGCGUCCCGAGGCCACUCGGCAGGUCCGUGACCGUUUCGAUUUCUGUUCCCGAGUCUUGUUUUGUUCGCCGAAAAGACGGCUGGAGGGACUGAGCCGAGCGUCCUGCGAAGCAAGGCCUGCUCUUUGCGGAGCAGAAAAGCCUUGUGAGACGAGAAAUACAUUCCCGCGGAAAGGAUGGACGUCGUGUUAAGUUUUUCCCAAGACGCCAGCUGUUCGCGUGGGGUCUCGCACUAAGCUGUCAAGCCUAGGUCACCCCUAGAGCUUGCUUGCUCACAGAGUGGGCUGGGACGCUUCUGUCUCAAGUAGGUUUUUUGUUUUUGUUUUUUUUUUUUACUUGGUUGAAGCUCUUCCCCGCGGGUCACUCAAAGCCGUUAAUGACCACAGUGGUGUCUGAUUCUGGGACCAGCUCUUGGAUGUCUAGGGAUCAGAAUUUGCUCAGCAUCCUCAUUGUUACCACUUUGGUUUCAGUUGUUAUUCAAGCUCAUUUGUCUAUUUCCUGUCUUCUGCCCUUGUCCUGUACCAUCUGUUGCUGAUACAGCAGAACUCCAGUAAUAGAGGGCUGGAGUCCAUUAUGGCAGAACAAAGACAUGGCAGUGGCAGGAACCACUGGGAGCUCAUGUCUCAUGAACAGGAGGGAGAGAGAGCACUGGAAUGGCGUAUGUCUUUUGAAACCUCAGAACUCUUGCUCCGUGAUACAUCUCUGUCAAGAUUCUUGGAUGCCCACUGAACAGAAACUUGAAAUCUCAGAUCAUCGUCGUAUCGUAGCAGAACCUCAGCCUAUCCUUUGCCUGGGGAGGAGCCAGCCCAUAUGCUGUGGAGAUGAACGGGGAGCAGCAGCUGGAUGCAGAUCCUGGGCCUGGUGUAGAAGUAGAAGAAUUCAGCUGGGAGGAUUAUCUGGAUGAGACAGGCUCCACCACAGUUCCCUAUGCGUCGUUUAAACAUGUGGACAUACGUUUGCAAAAUGGCUUUGCUCCUGGGAUGAAGCUUGAGGUAGCUGUGAAAAAAGAUCCUGAAACUUAUUGGGUUGCCACCAUCAUUACUGCCUGUGAGCAGUUACUCCUACUCCGUUAUGAAGGCUACGGUGAAGACCGGAAAGCAGACUUCUGGUGUGAUAUCAGGAAAGCUGGCCUCUAUCCCCUGGGGUGGUGUGAACAGAAUAAGAAGACCCUUGAAGCUCCAGAAGGCAUCCGACAUAAGGUGUCUGAUUGGGGUGCGUUUCUACAGCAGACACUGAGAGGAGCCUGUGGUCCUCCUGUGUCUUUGCUAGAGGGCCUCCGUAAUGGAAGGAAUCCUUUAGAUCUCAUUGCUCCUGGGUCCAGACUAGAAUGCCAAGCUUUUCGAGAUUCCUUAAGCACUUGGAUUGUUACUGUCGUGGAGAACAUCGGGGGACGGCUGAGGCUGCGCUAUGAAGGACUCGGAAGUUCUGACAAAUUUGAACACUGGUUGUACUACUUAGAUCCGUUUCUUCAUCACAUUGGUUGGGCUGCUCAGCAAGGAUAUGAACUUCAGCCCCCAUCAGCCAUCAGGCAUCUGAAAAAUGAAGCUGAUUGGCAAGAGAUUCUGGCCAAAGUAAAAGAGGAGGAGGAAGAACCAUUACCUUCUUAUUUAUUUAAGGAUAAGCAAGUUAUUGGAACCCAUGAAUUUUCUGUAAAUAUGAAAUUGGAAGCUGUGGACCCAUGGUCUCCUUUUGGGAUUUCUCCUGCUACAAUUGCUAAGGUUUUUGAUGAUAAGUACUUUCUGGUGGAAAUGGAUGAUCUCCGAUCAGAAGACCAUACAAGGCGGUCAUUUGUGUGCCAUGCUAACAGUCCUGGUAUCUUUCCUGUGCAGUGGAGUCUAAAGAAUGGUUUACACAUCACCCCUCCUCCGGGCUUCCGGAGCCAGGACUUUGACUGGGCUGACUACCUCAAACAGUGUGGUGCUGAAGCUGCCCCCCAGAAGUGCUUCCCUCCGUCAAUUUCUGAUCACCAGUUUAAGAAGAACAUGAAACUGGAGGCAGUGAACCCUCUUCUCCCUGAAGAAGUAUGCAUUGCCACCGUCACUGCAGUGAGAGGCUCCUACCUGUGGCUCCAGCUGGACGGUUCUAAGAAACCUAUACCUGAAUUUAUUGUAAGUGUGGAGUCGAUGGAUAUAUUUCCUUUGGGCUGGUGUGAAACCAAUGGCCAUCCUCUCAGUACUCCUCGCCGGGCACGAGUGCAUAAACAGCGGAAAAUUGCAGUGGUUCAACCAGAAAAACAAAUACUCUCUUCAAGAACUGUCCAUGAGGGCCUGAAGAAUCAGCUGAACUCCACACACUCAGUGAUGAUCAAUGGAAAAUAUUGUUGUCCAAAGAUAUACUUCAACCACCGCUGCUUCUCAGGGCCGUAUCUUAACAAAGGAAGAAUUGCUGAGCUGCCACAGUGUGUAGGACCUGGGAACUGUGUUCUGGUACUUAGAGAGGUCCUCACUUUACUUAUCAAUGCAGCCUACAAACCCAGUCGUGUCCUCCGUGAGCUCCAGCUGGACAAAGAUUCUGUGUGGCAUGGAUGUGGGGAAGUCCUAAAAGCCAAAUAUAAAGGGAAGAGUUAUCGAGCUACUGUUGAGAUAGUGAAAACAGCAGAUCGAGUGCCUGAGUUCUGCCGACAAACAUGUAUCAAAUUGGAAUGUUGUCCUAACCUUUUUGGUCCACGGAUGGUUCUGGAUACAUGUUCUGAGAACUGCUCUGUUCUUACAAAGACUAAAUACACACACUAUUAUGGAAAGAAGAAAAAUAAAAGAAUUGGGAGGCCACCUGGUGGUCAUAGUAAUUUAGCUUGUGCCCUGAAAAAAGCCAGUAAGAAGAGAAAAAGGCGGAAAAAUAUUUUUGUUCAUAAGAAGAAACGGGCUUCUGCAUCUGUUGACAAUACCCCAGUGGGCUCACCCCAGGGAAGUGGGGGAGAAGAAGAGGAUGAUGCAGAUGAUGGAGAUGAUGAGUCCUUAAGUGAGGGCAGCACAUCUGAACAACAGGACGAGUUACAGGAAGAAUCCGAAACGUCAGAAAAAAAAUCAAACUCUUCUUCUCCCACCCAGAGUGAGAUGUCCGCCCCACUGCCCCCAGACACACAGACAAGUAAAAAAGAAGCUGGCACUCUUUCAGUUUCAGAUGAUGAAAAUAAGCCUCCUUCACCAAAGGAAAUAAGGAUUGAAGUUGACGAAAGGCUUCACCUGGACAGUAACCCACUGAAGUGGAGUGUGGCAGAUGUCGUGCGGUUCAUCAGAUCCACUGACUGUGCACCACUGGCAAGAAUAUUCCUGGACCAGGAAAUCGAUGGGCAGGCCCUUUUGCUCCUUACCCUUCCCACCGUUCAAGAGUGCAUGGACUUGAAGUUGGGCCCUGCCAUCAAGCUUUGCCAUCACAUAGAGAGAAUCAAGUUUGCUUUUUAUGAGCAGUUUGCCAACUGAGAAGGACAAGCAGGGGGAGCUGGGUCUUUGAAGCACAGUAAACCGUUUGCCCUGCUCUCCAGGUGGCUGCAGUCGUCCUGGGGCUGUGGGCCCUGCAAAUGUUGGCUAGCUUUCUUUGCACUUUCAGGGAAGGAGGACAUGCACUGAGGAAGCGCAUACAGCACAAAAAUGGCUCUCCUACAGUGGAAAUACAGACUUCUGCUCGGAAGAUUGCAGUUUGCAAAAGUUGUGAGAAAGCAACUAUGGAUUUCCAUGAAUGGAAAAACAGAGUGAUCUGGACAGCACCUGUUUGGUUCUCUCCAUUCUGUCCCUUCCCACUGUAGACUGAACUUUGUUCUUGAAGAGAGAGGACACAGCUUUAAGUCAGCACUGACUUGGGACUGUGCCUAAGGCACAUCAGUGCUUCAUUGUCAUUGUGUUUUUAAGCUUUUUUUUUUUUUAAAUUAAAGCAGUUCAUUUUGGGGAUAAUUAUACGGCUCUAGGGUUUUGAAUGUAUAGUUACACGUUGAUCCAUUUUAAAAUCUAUUCGUAGGAGUUUCUUUGUUUACUACCUCUGUUGAUGACUGCGCUUACAGCCAUGAGUGACAUUUUUUUUGUAUGAUGCCAUUUUUAAGCUGAAUGCUGAAGCUAUGACAGAAGUUAGAGAAGGCCCUGUCUGCUUUCUUAACAAUAUCACGUGGCACUUACACCAGUCCCUUAACCAAUUUCUCCUCAGAAUUCUACUGUUGCGUUCUUCAUCUUUACCCAGUUUUGGCCACCAUUGUUAAGUGGCCUCACAAAGACUAAUGUCUGGUAUUUAAGUUUUGAAAGAUACUUCAGUGGCUUUUAUUUAUGUUUAUUUUUCUCUAGAGUUGUUCGACUACCUCUGUUUCAUCUCUGGAGUCUCUGCUCUCAGUGAUGGUGUCCUUUGGCUCCGCUGUAAAGCCCAUUUUCCCGGUUUUCUAGGUGUGUCCAGGAAGAAGCACAGGAGAGAAACUCUGACUUUUGGGAUGGCACUAAGUAUGGAGUUUCCUAGUAGCGUCCUUGGUGAUAAGUAUUGAGAAGUCUGUGACAAUGCCACCCCAAAUGUCCCAGAUCUUGCUUCAUCUGGAAAGCCAAUCAGAGCUGGUUGGUACUUGGACGGGUGAGGUAGUGGAGGAGUCUGGAAACCUCUGUAGCCAUGCUUAUACCUGUCUCCAGUCACACCAGUUUAAAUUGAAUGUAAUUUACAUUCUGAGAAAUCCCAUUCAGUAGCUCAGUCUUUGAAUUUUUUUCAAUUAAACUCAAGUUGACAUGAAAUUCCAGGUGAAUUUUCACUUUUAAUGACAUUGUUAGCUAUUAUAGAAAAUAGCACUGUAGCCAUGAGUAAGAAAAGACAUACAUGCACAGGUUGCUUCCUUUAAAUGUUUUCCUGUUGAUUAUUUAUCUAUUUAUUUAUUUAUUUAUUUUUUGGUUACCUUGAUCUCUACAGAUUUAUACCCUAAGCAUUUUUUCCUCAAGAAUUGAAAAUGUUUUAAAAUUGCAAACCGAGUAAAUUCUGAACAACUAUACAAAUUGCAAAUAUAAGGUAAUAUUACAAAUUUAAAUUGUGAAUUUUUUUUUCUUUUCUCACCUCAACCCCCACUUGUUUUUAUGAACAUUGGGAAAGUCUGUAGUCUGGAUCCUGUUCUUCAUUGGAUAACUCUUGACCUGGCAGUCAAGUCUUAAAACAGUGACUAUUCACAUCACCACCAUCAGGCAUAUCUGGAAGAAGCUUCAUCUAAGUAACAGCUCAUUGUCUGAGCUUACUUAGAAAUCCAGCUUUUAAAAAAUAACUGGAGUUUUCAUGCCGCUGGAGAGAAAUAUACUUGAUAGUAGUAAACAGCUGGUAUUGGCAGGCUGAUUUGGAGUGGCUGUCUUCACAGAAUUUCCCGGGACCUCAGCAGUUAAGUCAAUACAAGAAGGGAUCUCAUGAGGAUAUAAAACGUAUACCUGUAGAAUUUCACAUUGUUGUAGUAAAAGAAGGGGUGACAGCAAUGACUGUGCCAUUGUGUUGUUCUUGAACUCAAAGAUCACAGAACGUAGAACAAUCAGAGAUGACAGGCCUUAAGUAGUCCCGAGUGGGGGAGGGGUGGGACACAAUGGUCUUGCCUGACUGUACCAUCAUUAGUUUCUGCUUUCUCCUGUAGAAAGGCCAGUCAUAAAUUAGGCGAGUGAGGAGAGCACACUUACUGGGAUAUGGCAUACUCUUAUCUGCCCCAUCCCUCCUCCCAGGUGUCACAUAUUAGAGGAUUGUAUGAGAAUUCUGCAAAAAAAAACUUUUUUAAAGUAUAAAAUCCUAAUCCCAGAUUGGGUAUGGUGAUACACACCUCAGGCCCAGCACUGGGCUAGCCUGGACUAUCUGGGACCCUGUUUUGUUCUGCUUUUGUUUUGUUUUGUUUUGUUUUCCAUUUAUCUAACAAAGAUGCUGGGGUUAGGUUGGUUAGCAGUGAUGUUCAAUUAUGAUGAUUCUGAGAUUCUUGCAUUGUUGGGGAAGGGGUUUGUAUUUUGGACAUUUGUAUGUGAAGUCUAUUUCUGAGAAAGCCAACCUCAUAAAUUUAUUAGAGGUGUGUUGUCUGGAGUUCCCCUUUACAGAUAUGCUGAUCUUUUUAGCUAGCCCUUGACCUGUAUGUACAGAUUGACCCCAAUGUUUUGACUAUUUCCUGGGUUUCUUGUGACUGUUCUUUUCCUUUGUGAGCCACCUUCAUCCUUUUCAAGUAUAGGGGUGCAUUAAUGGAGCCAUUGAAUUCUAUCUUUAGCCUUUCUAUAGCAGUGUACUUGGUUCCCUGUGUUUAUAAUACGGGUCCAGGAAGGGUAUUAGUCAACCUCUGGAAAUCUUGGUAGAUAUUUAUGAAUUAUGAUAGAGACAGGCUAGAAAACCACCGAGUGUGGCCUUCAUGUGUUUCUUUUCCUAGAAGUAAAAUGGUUUUCACUGCAAGGGAAAGAGCAUCGGACCAAAGCUUCCCAAACACUUACAUUUUACGUGCCCUCUAGAGCCAAUUCAAUUAUUAGCGUGAUGCUUGAAUACAGCUUAAGGCAGGUAGGGCUCACAACACCCAACCCGUCUCAAGCCAACACUGUUUCUAAGAGACGCAGAACAUCAGGGAACCUAAAUGAAAGGUAACAGCAAUGUAAAAAUCAUUGUAAAACCUGUCACUGAUAUUUGUUCUUACUUGGUACCUCUCAGCAAAAACUUAAAUUGAAGAGAUUCUUUUCUAGUUUCAUUGAUUUUUAGAAGUGCUGGUAGUCUUUCAACUGUGGAAACACAGUGAGUUCAAACUUGUCUUACAUACUGGGGAUAUUCCAUGUGUGUGCAAAUUCAUACAGGUCACUAAGUAAUCUGUUUUAUCAGUAGGAUGUAUGUUGUCCUUUUGAAGUGAGGAAGGUAAAUCACUAACCAGAAGCGAAGGAGAAAACUUCAGCUAACAAGAUACUCCCUCUGUAAAUUUGGAUGUCUCCAGUCUAGGACCUUUGUAAGUUGCUGUCUUGUGGCCAUGGUUUUGAUUAGAAACUCUAUAAGGGCAGAGCCUCCUGUACAACCAAGAAGUAAUGGUCACUUUCCCAGAAUUGGCUUUAUUCACUUUAAAUGUUUUACUUAAGAAUUUUGAUGAUUGCUUUGUAUGAGAAUAUAUAUAUACUUGGAGAGUUUGAAUUUAUCCGCAUAAGCAUGACCUAGAGUUUUGUUGUAAGAAAUCCAAGCCCAAAGUCUAGUCCAAAUGGAUCUGGUUCCAGGUCCGUUCACUUGGGGAUUGUUUUCCUCAGUGUUUGUCUUCAGUCACACCAGUAGCUUUGCUCUGUGAGCAGCAUUAAGUUUGAGACAUAAGGUAGUGGUUAUUAAAUGCAGUACAUGGUGAUUUUCUUGCUGCUGUGUUUAAGAAGUCAAAAUUUCACAGGAACCUGAAGAAACAAACAGGAGUGAAGAUUUGUCAGGGAGGUCUGCGACUCUGCUAGUGCUUUUUCUAACUAGUCUGGCGUGGCAUUCCGGCCUGUCACAGUGAAGCAUUGUGAAGGGACACAGGCAGCAGAGUCACCAGACAGUUGUCACUACCAGCCGUACAGUGCAGAGCUGAGCCGCGGGAAGGGGUGGUGAGCUUGCUGACCGUGAAGCAGUGUCACCGUUGCUGAUGUGUGAGAGGGACUGUACUCAGGAUGUGUGGAGACUUGGGCCUGAGGGUUCUUGUAUGCUUAUCUGCGUAACUGUGUCUAGCUUGGCAGAAUAGAGGCGGUCACAGAAUGUUGAAGGUUAUAGACUUUAAGGGCAGCUCAGAUCACAAAGCAGAUUGGUAGAGACAGAAGUCUACAAAGCUUAGGCAGCCUCUAGUCCGUUUGUCAGUCUCUGGAGGAAAAUAGUUUGAAUGUUUCUCUUGAGAGUACUCAUUUGCUUUUCUCUCACCUCCCUCUUCUUCUUUUAGUUGAAUUUUCUCUAAUGACAAUCAGAGGCCUGCCAGGAUCGGGACUCCAGGCUGGUUCCAGCUCUGUCCUUAGGCCUUUCCAGUACUCUCUCCUUGGAAGUAAUGCACCUUAUUUAAUGUAUUUUGCUUAAAAAACAAAAAAUCAAGUUGCUUGUUUGGAACAAAAUGAGAUGCUUUUGGCAUUGUAUCCUUCCUGCUUGCUGUUUUUACUCUUAAUUUAAAAUUUAUGCAUUGAAGACCAAGUACACUUAAGGAGAAAUAUGCACUAGAAUACCUGUUUCCCAUCAAGUUUGAUGGUUAUAAUUUUAAAGGAUUAAAAACAAAGCAAAACUAUUUUGAAUGAA